UGGUUCGUGUGACAGAAGACGCAAAAAGAACAAAAACAGCAGAAGUAAAAGCAGCGCAGUUUGCUGAAAACGAAUAAAUUUCGGGCUAAAAACUUGGACUAAAUCGCAUUUAUUUCUAAAGUUUAGUUUAUUUCGGCGACGCGUAGUGGAAUUUUGCGAGUGCUGAACCCACAAACCCCCGUUUUCUCAGGAAGAAAUUUGACGCGCAGUGUGUUCUCUCCUUGGUGGAGGCAUUUAUUUUGGUGUUAUUUUAGGAAGGAUUCCGGUAGCUAGUGCGUAGUGCAAAAUCAGUUCCAGGGAGCAAAUCUAGUGCGAAAAAUCACGAGUGUGUUCAUAAAAUUUGAUAGAGUUUGAGAGUCUCCUCCUGGCAGCAAGUGGCGGAGGACCAGGUCAGCGGGGAAGGUACGAAAAAAAAUCAGAAGGAAGAAUCCUUCAGCAGAACAAGAAGAGUGAGAGGAAAAGGAAGGGAGAAGCAGGAAGAACCUCGUUGAUCCGACGACCAAAACACGCAGGAAAAGAAGGAGCAGACAACACACGCCGCCACACCAAAAUGGCUGGUGUUUUCGAUUUGGAGCUGGACAUCCGCGACAUCCGUGACUCAGACGACGAUGAUGUGAUCGAGGUCGAUGAUGUCGAUCUGGAGCCGGAGCUACACAUCCACAGCAACCUGGACGCGGACGGGUCCGAGACGAUCCCCCUCUCGGAGGACAUUGUCAACCCGGGCCGGAUAAAGCUGGGCCCGCAGGACUUUGAGCUGAAGAAGGUGCUCGGAAAGGGCGGCUACGGCAAAGUCUUCCAAGUCAGAAAAACAACCGGUGCCGACGCCAACGCCUACUUCGCCAUGAAGGUGCUGAAGAAGGCUUCGAUAGUUAGGAAUCAAAAAGACACAGCCCACACACGUGCGGAGCGAAACAUCCUGGAAGCCGUGCGGCAUCCAUUUAUAGUUGAAUUAGUGUACGCCUUCCAGACAGGCGGAAAAUUGUAUUUAAUCCUAGAGUAUCUCAGCGGCGGCGAGCUGUUUAUGCAUUUAGAGCGCGAAGGAAUCUUCCUGGAGGACACCACAUGCUUUUACCUGUGCGAGAUCAUUCUGGCGCUGGAGCACCUGCACAACCUCGGUAUCAUCUACCGGGAUCUGAAGCCGGAGAACGUGCUGCUGGACGCGCAGGGCCACGUCAAGCUGACCGACUUUGGCCUGUGCAAGGAGCACAUCCAGGAGGGCAUCGUGACGCACACCUUCUGCGGCACCAUUGAGUACAUGGCACCAGAAAUCCUAACCAGAAGUGGCCACGGCAAAGCCGUCGAUUGGUGGUCUUUAGGGGCCCUCAUGUUUGACAUGUUAACAGGAAUGCCUCCCUUCACGGCGGACAACCGCAAAAACACCAUCGAUGCCAUCCUCAAGGGAAAGCUCAACAUCCCGGCGUAUCUGGCGACGGACUCGCGCGAUCUGAUCCGCCGGCUCAUGAAGCGCCAGGUUUCGCAGCGACUCGGCAGUAGUCCGACGGAUGGACAGGCCGUCCGGGCGCACUCCUUCUUCAAGAACGUCAACUGGGACGACGUGCUGGCGAGACGGCUGGAUCCGCCGAUUAAGCCAAUUUUGCGAAGUGAAGACGACGUCUCCCAGUUCGAUACCAAAUUCACCAAACAGAUACCGGUAGAUUCGCCCGACGACUCGACACUCAGUGAAAGUGCCAACUUAAUCUUUCAGGGAUUCACCUACGUCGCCCCGUCGGUCCUCGAGGAGAUGCAACAGCCGCGCGUCGUGACGGCCCGCUCGCCCCGCCGGAUGCCCCGCCAUCACCACCACCACCAUCACGGAGGCAACCACAGCGGCAACAGUGGCGGCGCCGGCCACAGCCACAGCAUACACAACCACCGGAUGGGCGGAAUCAGCAUCGAAAACGGCGGCAUCACGCUCGCCGACGAACAGAUGCUGAGCAUGCCCCGGUCACAAACGCUGGCCGCCGGAGCGCCCCACACCAGCAACCACCAUCUCCACCAUCAGCAGCAGCAGCAGCACCAGCAGCAGCAAAAUCACCAUCAUACGCAAGCGCCGUCGGCGAUACGAACGCAGCAGUUUGCGGGUGCGACGGGGGCGUCGGCCGUGGCCGGGCCAGCCAACUCGCGGCACACGCCGGCCCACCUGCAGCCGUUUGCGCCGCGGCCAUCCCCUCAGGACGAAAUGAUGGAAGUGUACCCGGAGCUGCCGAUUUCAUAGCCAAGAAUGGAAUACAACAACAAUUUUAGAAGAUUUAUAAUAUAACAAAAUACCAGUAGCAUAAAGCGAGAGAGAGAGAGAGAAGAGAACCCCUUCCCCCAUCCCCCGUGUUAUGAGUAUGAAAAGUAUGAACCCCAAUCAACCAACAAACAACAUUUUUUACAACCAACUCGGGAGAAUGCCCUGACACACAACACGCAGCAGCAGCCGAAAUCAGCAUCGAUAGAGCAAUAGCGAAUUAAAAAGUGAAGCAGCGAGUGUGUAUUGGAACACACAGAAGGUGGACCGCGGACAGGCAAUAUUUUACGUGAUUGACCAUUAUUGAAAGAAGAGGAGAAGGAGGAGAGAGGGAAGUACGUUGUCACACGGAAAGAAAAAAAAAAUGCUGUUUCUGAAAUUUAAUGAUUAGAGUAUUGCGAGGUUCGCGUUUAAAGUGAAAGGUGGGAAAACAUGAGAAAUGUAUAAAUUUUUGGUGUGAAAGUAGGCGAUGACGAUGAUGAUGUGUGAAUAAUAAAAAGCGUUUGAAAAAAAAAGUA